UCUGCUCGGUGUACAGCGUUUCUUUUAUUUUCAUUAAUGGCAUAUGAUUGGGAUGCAAGGUUUCUUCCGAGGCUGCCCUUUGGCAGUGCACUAUAUUCCGCGCCGUACUGGAGGAUGGCUAACACCAGACUACUCAUAUCACUAGUCUGCACGUAGCUGUGGCUCUAUUCACAUACUUUUCGAGUUUAUGCCGCAUAGCAGCACCUUGUGAGGUAUCAAUCCAUGUUGGGGGAUAGGUAUUGCUGGCCUUUGUAAGUUCAUCGGCAUAUCUUGAGGUCACUUCAGGUUGAACUAUUGACCACCAACUUAUCUGAACGUCCUUGUAGCUAUCGCAUAUUUCUUGCUUGGACUUUCCAGCAACGGCCGCGAGCAUGCCAGACAUUCCCCCCAUCGUCAUCUCGAAAACCACCCUCGAGUGUGUCGGCUUCUCUGCUGACAAGGCAACGGCGGUCUGGAAUGCCUGGACCGAUCACCCUCAAGCAACUGACAAAGGAAACAAGUCCUUUCUCUACUUCAUGACAGUGUGGCCGUAUGGCAGCCACUGCCCAUUUCUGGAACACGACGACGAAAAAUGGCGUCAAGCCAUGACCGCGUUCGGUCUCAGCACUGAUGUCCAAGACAAGAUUAUGCAUCCAGCCUUCAGAGAACUUCGCCUCACGCGAUCUUGCACCCACUGGUGCAGGGAUACCGUCGAGAUACGCUUCAAAGCUCUCCGGUACACUCAGAAGCCACGAGAGCACAGUCGCCGAGCACCAGCGCCGUCCAUCUUUGACAAGUCCGAGUCACUUACCCACAUAGCCGCCCGGGGUAUCAGUGACCAUACUAUACUGUUCAAAGACAUUGAUGAAGCACGAGCGGAUGGCUUCCUCGACACGCAGGGCUGUGUCCAACACAUAAGUCGGAUUCUGCACUCGAGCCCAUCCGACUUUAGCUCUGACCGUGUCUACUUCCACCCAGAACUGGCCACUGUGCAAUGCUAUGCCGGAUAUGCCAAGCAACGAGGCACAGACGAAACCAACAUUAUGAUUGUAUGCAUCGCAAUCCCCAACGCAGUCCUCCAGGGUCUCCUUCUCACGGAUUGUGGGCUCCAGCGCCUUUACUGGCCAAGCGAGGCGUGGCAAGAAUUCGUUGAUUGCAACCGCACUCGUCAGACGGUACCUCUUGAACUCUGUCGAUAUCAACUAGCCACGCUUCUGAUCGGCUCGACGGCCAAGUACAGGCUUACUUGUCAUAGAGGCGUGACGGAGGACACUGUUCUUGUGAUGGAUGGACGACCCGCUGUCCGGUAUGUUUUUGAUGGCAGCGACGAUGGCCAGGACUUUUUGGAGAAGAGUAUCGCGCAGCGGCCCUAUAUUUACCAUUUUACUAACGGGGAUUGGAAUACCUGGCUCGCUGAGUUUGAACCCCGAGAGUCUGGCGUUCAGAGUGCAGUUUAGAGAACAGGGAAAAUUUUGCCAACCGAUAGAACAGGAGUAGGAAUUGGGGAAAGUCUUCAACGCAGUGAAUAGGAAUGCACGGCCCAAUAUACGCUUCAUCUAUGCUACAGGCAAUGCACUACACCUUUUGUCGUAUACUCGUCAUCUCCCCG